AUGAUAACAAGGAGUUUGUCGUUACCAGGUAGAACACUGAUUCAAUCUCGAACACUAUUGAAUAUCAUUUCUUCAUAUCGAAUAACAUCACGACAAUUCAAUACGACCGGCAACGGAUUUCAACAAUCGAAUGAGACCCCACUAAAGAAGAAAAUAUUAGAGUCUAAAAAGAAGCUAAUUAAUGAACAGAAAUGGCUGGAAACUAAAUUAAAACUAUCAAGUUUCAAAAAAAUGACUAAAUCAUUCCGUGAUCAAUCGAAAUAUCAUAUCGAUAAUAUGAAAAAAUCAAUAAGGCAAGCCAACGAAAAGAUUGCAGCUCAAGAAAAGGAACAACAAGAUUCUAGAUUGAAUUAUAAUGAAGAUGUAAAUACUCACGAAAAGAUUAAAGAUUUACCAUCGGAAAGAGAAUUGAAUAGGAAAAAAUGGUCAAGGAAAUUGGAAUUUUAUCUGGACUCUUUACAAGAAACAUUAUUUACCGCAACUAGAGCUCUCAAUGAUGUUACCGGCUAUUCUUCAAUUCAAAAAUUGAGGAAUAGCAUUCUUAUUAUGGAACAAAAAUUGGAUACUAUCAAGAAAGAGGUUAAAGUAUGUAAAUCUGAGUAUGCUGAUGCAAUUGAACGAAGAACGCAAUCACAAAAAGAAUUGAAUGAAUUGCUACAACGAAAAACUUCUUGGUCUCCUACUGAUUUGGAACGGUUCACGCAACUUUAUAAGGAUGACUCGUCUAAUUCGAAGCGUGAAAGUAAAUUGAAAGAAAAAGUUAAGGAUAUUGAACUUAAAGAGGAGCAAUUAAAUGAAGAGUUAUAUAGAGCAAUAUUGACUAGGUACCACGAAGAACAGAUAUGGUCCGAUAAGAUUAGGAGAACAUCAACUUGGGGGACAUUUUUAUUGAUGGGAAUGAAUAUCUUUCUUUUCCUUAUUUUGCAACUGUUAUUAGAGCCAUGGAAAAGAAGAAGGCUUACUAGGUCCUUUGAAGAUAAAGUGAAAAUUGCAUUAGACAAAUACUCUCUCGAACAUAACCUGAAACUAGCUGAGAUGAUUUCAGAGAAUGCUAAUAUUAAAGCUCGAUCGGAUGAUAUUAAGAAAGGAAUCUUGGCCGAACUAGAAGAAGAAGAUAGUACUUCCACAGUAAACUCAGAAGAAAGCCAAUUGAUACCUAGCCCUAUAAAAGAAGAACCUAUUGGCGAUACUGGGCUUCUAGUUGCGGGAGCUCGCUCAGCCAACGAACGCAUUCGCAUUUCAUUCCAUAUAUUGCUAAACUGGUUUUCACAGCUUGCCAGAAAAUUAAAGAGAUUGCCAUUUUUUGAUUUACAAAAAAGUACAGAGUUUACUACUUUAGAAGUAUACAUUUAUUCCAGCAUUGUUCUUUCAUUGGGAACCUUUGUUGCCCGCAUAUAG